CAACGUCUGCACUGGGCUGGCCUCUAGGGAUCUCUACGCAUAGUUCUGGUGACAGCCCUCUCCUGCGGUAGGAAAGCUGCUUGAAACGCGCUCAACGAGAGAAGCGCUCAGCGCAUUUUGACAGAGACAGUUUUUUUUCUGGUUCUUACUGACAGCAGAAGCUGUAACCAGAAAAUCCCUUUUGACGGCUUGCCUUCAACAAAAAGCACAGCAAUGCAUGAAGGAGAUUCAUGAAAAAUAUUCUACGCAACAGGUUUUUUUUUUCUUUUUGCUACAGCACUGUUGUGCUGUUGUGUUGUAACUCUUCUAUUUUUGCGUCUUAGGACUUGUUUAUCAUCACAGGUGUUUUUAGUCCUUAACGCAGUAAACAGAUCCCUUAGAACAAAUUUCUGACAGCUGUGGUCUUGUACAAAUUGAUUUUUUCCUGUACAUUAUUUAUAUUGUAUAUUUCUGUGGAUUUUGGAGCCGACAAUAUAAUUUGAAAGCGUUCAACUUAAACUAGACUUCUUUAAUGAAUGCCCCUUUUUUGUCGCUAAUCCUCAGAAGAAGAUUGAGCAGAGCAGCACUUAGCUGGUGCUGGUAAAAUGAAUGGGGUGAAGUAAUAUGAACAUGCCUGAGACUCUUCAGAAACAGUGGAACAUCACGGAACCUUUUAACUGAAACCAAGAAAAAGAUGGCUGAGCCAAGCCUCAGGAAUAGAGGGCUAUGGAUUCACCUUGUGAUUGUAGCCAAGAUCUAGACAACGGGAUGGAACCUACAUCUGUUCGGGAGGAUUCAUUGUCAUCACCAUCCUUGUCACCCAUGACCUUCAGUGCUCAGGAAUUUGGAGACAGCAGGGUAGGUCAUCAUUUGUCCGAAAGUGGAACAAUACUAGGGGAAUAUGACAACCAAUGCAACGCUUGUCAUCUCUCUGAAAAUGAGGCAGGGAGUAAUGCAGGUGUUGGCUUUCACACACCUAACCUGGAGCUGAGGGAGGGUACACCAUGUGUGGAUUCAGAUGGAAGCAACUAUAAGGACCUGCUGCCCGUUCCCAGCUGUGAAAAGGAGCCGGAUUGCUCCUCAGUCCAUGAAGGAAGCAGUUCUCCUGCAUGCGGCUCUUCAAGCAAGCCAGGGGAACAGCCCAGGAUUGUCAAGCACAAACCCAGCUCCAUCACCUUCUCCGAUUACAAAUUCCCCAGCAGCUGCUUCUCCAGCAGCAGCAACGAGCUCUUCAUCAAUGAGGGCUCAGACGCCGAGUCCUGUUCCUCUGAAGAUGACGACAACGAUGAUGUUUUCCCAGAGCUCCUGCACUACAGGGAGUUUCUCGUUAGCCGAUACAGGAGGUCCGUGGGACGGAGCAGGGAGAAAAAGAAGGGUGUGGAUGCUGUGUAUGCAGAGACUUGGCAGCACUUGGAAAUGACCAGAAAAAACAGCAGCAGUCCUGAAGCAGAACACAAUGUCUCAGAGGAGUCUCCAGUCAUGUCCCCAUGGUCAGAGUCGAUGACACAGCUCAUGAAGAAGCUAGACCAGCUAAAUCUGGAUAUUGAAGAAGCCCUGAGUAGUAACUCCUCACCGUCUGACACUCCUGGAGUUCAGCGAAAGGAGAUGUCUGCUGCCGUUCUGGGGACGGCAACAAACCAGGCCUUGGGCGAAAAAAUCAAUUUUGCAAAGCAAGACGGAAAAUGCAGAAACCCGGAUGAUUUCUCCUUUUCCUUUUACCCUUUAGCGGGAUCAGGAGCGACACUGAAACAAAAUAAGGUGUCUUUGAAGAUGAGCAAUGAAGGAGCAGAGAUCGAAGCGAAGGAGGCAUGUGACUGGUUACGGGCAGCAGGAUUUCCUCAAUAUGCUCAGCUUUAUGAAGACUCUCAGUUUCCCAUUGACAUAUCUGCUGUGAAGAAGGAUCAUGAUUUUCUUGACAAAGAUCUUGUCGAACCUCUUUGCCGGAGGCUGAACACAUUGAAUAAGUGUGCCUCUAUGAAACUUGACGUGAACCUUCCCAAGAAGAAAAGCGAAGACUCCGAUGAAGAAGACUUAUUUGCAAUCAGUGACAAAUGGACUUUCGAGUGGAGCAGCAGGCGGUGGUCGCGGCUGGAGGACAUUGACUCUUUCCUGGGCCGCGCGGACAGCCAGGCCCCAGCGGGAGGUGAGCCCCUGAAGAACACGACCAGCAGCGAGAGUGUGCUGACGGACCUGAGCGAGCCCGAGGUCUCGUCCCUGCACAGCGAGAGCAGCGGGGGCGGUGAGGGCCGGAGCCUGGCCGGCACCAGAGGCCUGGUCGCCGAGGAGCGGGAGGGCGCGAGGCGGAACUGCGCGGACGUCACCGCCAUGCCCGACUCCACCUCCCCGGCUCUCCCGCAGGCCCCCAAAGACAUCACCAACUACUCCUCGCUCUCCACCAAGAAUGGGAAGCACAGCAGGACCCGCGCCAAGGACUUCCUGCGGCGGAUGGAGACGCUGAGAACUAAAGGCACAUCUGUGAAAAAUAAGAAAGUCCUGGUGAUUAGCGGCCCCGUGCUGCAGCAGGAGCCCGAGUCCCUAAAGACUAUGCACUGCGUUGAAAUUGUGAACGGGGACUUAGGUGGCCUGGAAAAACCCCGGGGCAGCUUCCCCUCCCAAUCGAGCAGCGAGAGCAGUGGCCACUCGGAGACGAGCGGCAGCGCCGUCAGCACCCCCAGCCUGAAGGAGCGCAAGCCCCACCGGGCCGCCCACAAGCGCAGUGGCAUGUACCUGGAGGACAUGGACAUCUUCGCGGGGGCCCAGGUGAAGAAGGUGGCCGAGCAGAACCGCAGGAACGAGUUCCGCUCUUACGAGAACCUGGUGGUGCACAUCCCUAAGGACCACAAGCCCGGCACCUUCCCCAAAGCACUGUCCAUUGAGAGCCUGUCCCCCACCGAUGCUGGGGCCUCCGUCAACUGGCGUACAGGUAGCAUCUGCCUGGAUGCCCAGAGGCAGCCCCAGAGCUCUAAAGAGCCCAGGCCCAUCACCCAGUGUUGCCCCCGUGGAAGCCGGAUCAGCGUGUAUGACAAUGUGCCCGGCUCCCACCUGUACGCCAGCACAGGUGACCUGAUGGACCUAGAGAAGGAGGACCUCUUCCCCCAUCUGGACGACAUCCUGCAGCACGUCAACGGGCUGCAGCAGAUUGUGGACCACUGGUCCAAAAACAUCCUGCCAGAGAUGCAAGGCGACAACCUAGAGCGCGAGGGAUCAGGGCUGCAGUCCUCCAGUCAGAUCACCCUGGACUUUGAGGGCAAUUCUGUUCUGGAGGGACAGACCACCCCGAGUGACGGAGAUAAGGAUGGCAUGUCCCUCAAUGAGUCUGACUCCACUGGGAUGAGGGAGAGGAGGGAUUCUGGUGUGGGAGCAUCACUAACCAGGCCGAAUCGGCUGCGGUGGCCCAGCUUCCAGAUCUCCACUCGCCUGAGUCACUCCAUGGCCUCUCUGCAGAUCACCAACCAGUCCGCUGGCCAGCUCAGCCUGCUGCAGAAGUUCUCCCUCCUCCGCCUCACGGCCAUCAUGGAGAAGUACUCCAUGUCAAACAAGCAUGGCUGGACCUGGUCUGUGCCAAAGUUUAUGAAGAGGAUGAAAGUUCCAGACUACAAGGACAAGAACGUCUUUGGCGUUCCUUUGAUAGUUCACGUGCAGAGAUCUGGGCAGCCCCUCCCACAGAGUGUCCAGCAGGCACUACGCUACUUGAGAAGCCAGUGUUUGGAUCAGGUGGGAUUAUUCCGGAAGUCUGGAGUGAAGUCCCGGAUACAGGCCCUGAGGCAGAUGAAUGAGAGCUCCCCAGACAACGUCAACUACGAGGACCAGUCAGCCUAUGAUGUGGCAGACAUGGUGAAGCAGUUCUUCAGAGAUCUCCCUGAACCCCUCCUCACCAGCAAACUGGGGGAGACAUUUCUCCACAUCUAUCAAUACGUUCCUAAAGACCAGCGACUUCAGGCUGUGCAGGCAGCCAUCAUGCUCAUGUCGGACGAGAACAGGGAGGUGUUGCAGACACUGCUGUGUUUCCUUAGCGAUGUGACCUCGGUGGAGGAGAACCAGAUGACUCCCAUGAACAUCGCUGUGUGUCUGGCACCCUCAUUGUUCCACCUCAACAUUCUCAAGAAGGAUAACCUGUCACCAAGAGCCAUGCAAAAAAAAUACGCAACAGGGAGGCCAGACCAGAAAGACCUUAAUGAAAACCUGGCUGCAACUCAGGGCCUGGCUCACAUGAUCUUGGAGUGCAACCGGCUAUUUGAGAUCCCCCAUGAAAUGGUGACACAAUCCCGCAACUCGUACGUGGAGGCAGAUGUCCAAGCCCUGACGCUGGAGGAGCUGUGCAAGCAGACAGAGGAAGAUGAUGGCACCUACCAGACUCACGUGGAGAAUCUGAUUCAGUCCCUGCUGAAGGAGGCCAGGGAAAAGUCCAAAUACUGGGUGUCCUGUUCCAGCACAGACAACACCGAGCUGUUCUAUAAGAAGGUGGGUGAUGGCAACCCCCUACGGCGGUGGAAGGUGUCAGUGGAGGUGGAAGCGCCUCCUUCAGUGGUGCUGAACCGGGUGCUGCGAGAGCGCCACCUGUGGGAUAUUGACCUGCUGCAGUGGAAAGUGAUGGAGACUCUGGACAAGCAGACAGAAAUCUACCAGUAUGUGUUGAACAGAAUGCCACCACAUCCAAGCAGAGACUUUGUAGUGCUGAGAUCUUGGAGAACGGACUUGCCGAAGGGGACAUGCGCACUGGUUUCGGUAUCAGUGGACCAUGAAGAAGCUCCACCAAUGGGAGGGGUGAGAGCGAUAGUGAUGGACUCACAGUACUUACUGGAGCCUUGUGGUUCAGGAAAAUCCAGACUCACACACAUCUGCAGGAUAGACCUCAAAGGAAGAAUGCCAGAGUGGUACAACAAAGCUUUUGGACAUCUGUGUGCUGCUGAGGCCGCCAGGAUCCGGAACUCAUUUCAGCCUCUGGCGACAGAAGGGCCAGAAACAAAAAUCUGAACACCUGAACUCCAACUGGAUGAGGAUAGGAAGAGCCAGGUGGAUUUUUUUUUUUUUAAGGGAUCAUCGUCUCAGAAAACAACUACAGCUGGGACUCCACUGAUCGCAGUGGAAACAGAAAAUAGUUUCAGCAAAGGUUGCUGGACGGUUUUAUUUGAAUUUGUCCUGUGAAGCACUCAGACUUAAUGGACAUUCUGGAAGUGAGACUCAGCUUCUCACUGGUGCUGGAAUACUUUGUCCACUGGGAACACUAAACAGCCUGCCAUUGUUCUGUCGGUACCAUUCAUAUUAUUAUUAAUUAUUAUUUUUAUGUAUUGUACAAUGUCUAGGACAUCAAAUAUUUAAAAGCUUCUG